UGUGACUCUAGUGGGGCAGCUUCCAAACUAGCAGUAUGGAUUUUCUUCGAGAUCAGUACCUGUAGAAAGCAAUUAUUUAGCCAAAACUUGCCCUGAACGUCUAAUGGUAGUUUAGAAUCUUCAUAAAGGAAACUUAAAAGAAUAACUCAGCCAUUGAAAUGGGUCUGGUGCCAAAUGUAAACCAUUCCAAGCUGCGGUCCUGAUGUAUCCAUGCAGCAUCCAGACAAGUAUCAUUUUUAUGUCACCACAGCACCUUGACGACUUAAAGUGACAGCAUGAUUCAGAGACAAGAGGUUGUGCAGUCUGUCUUGAGAGAGCUGCAGGAUGCCACAGAGUGUGCCGGGCUUCACCGGCUGGUCAGCGUUGCACUGGCUGUGGAAAAGACCAUGGCUGGGUUCCUGCUGCCAGCUUCCACAUGCGGGGAGUUUCCUCCCGGAGUGGAGAUCGACGCGACAGCCCGCUGCCUUUACCCAGACGACGCCCCCGGUGGCAUGCUCCCGCUGGCCUGCAAGGGGGACGGCAACCUCUUGUUUGAUGCCGCCAGCACCCUCCUCGUUGGGAACACCAGCCUCAGUUUGGAGCUUCAGGUCCGCACGGUAGUGGAGAUGCUGCUGCGCAAGCAAUACUACCUCAGUGGGAUGAUAGACUCCAAAGUGAUGCUGCAGGCGGCAAGGUUUUCCCUUUGUACAGAGGAAUCGGCCAAGAAGUUGAAUCUGCCUAGGGCUGUUUUAGAAGCCAUCUUCGACGCGGACGUAAAAGCAUCCUGCUUCCCUGGCUCCUUCGCAAACAUGUGGCACGUUUACGCCCUGGCCUCUGUUCUGCAGUGUAACAUCUACUCCAUUUACCCCAUGUACAACCUGAAGAUCCGGCCAUACUUCAAUCGCCUUAUUCGCCCCAGGACCUGGCCUGGCGGGUCUGAGAUGAUGACGCUCCAUAUCAUGUGGUCAGGCGAGUUAGAGCCCGAUUCGGUGUUCAAGCCUCACCAUUUUGUGGCCGUUGUCCAAGCAAGUGACCUUCAGAUGGGAAGUCCAGCUGAGGAGCACCACGCCAUCCCCCUGAAGACACUGGAGCUUUUGAACCGGGACCCGCAACUCUCGUACUCCAGCCUCAAAGACAGGUACAACAUCACAAAGAGUACCUUCUACCGGUGGAAGAGGCAGACGCAGGAACAUCGGAAGAAAGCUGCUGCAAGGUAUGAGGCCAAACACUUUCUACAGGCCUGCUUUUCGGAAGGUAAGCUGCUGCCACUUCAUCAAUUCAAGGAGUUCUUCCCAGAAAUCUCCCGAUCCACAUACUAUGCCUGGAAGCACGAGCUUCAGUCUGGUGGGGGCAACUUCAUGGCGACCCCCAAGAACGAUGCAGCAGACACGGGAGAAGACGUGUCCCCUUCUGAAACAAAUCGCCCGCGAUGCUACGACAACGUGACUCAUUUGUUUGCCGUCAACGGCGAGAAGCUGGCGGGAGACCGCGCUCAGAAUUUUGCUUUCAUGCAAGAAGCAAAAAAGUGUUUGCAGAACUGCAUUGCAAUGAACACCUUGCUUCCAUAUAGGAAUUUCAAAAGACGUUUUCCUGGCAUUUCGAGGUCGACGUACUAUAACUGGAGAAGAGAAGCUUUGGUGGCCAACUCCAAUUUCAAGGAGGCGUUCGGGAGCAGUGAAGUUAAAAUUCGCCAUCCUAAUGGACACUCCUCUCCUGUGAUCGCUCAGGCUCAUUUGUCCGUUUCCAACGGGAGUUGUUAUAAGCGUAAUCACAAGAGCUUCCGUUUUUCCUCCUUCAGACGAAUGAAGCUCAGAAGAGAGGCAAAGACACGGGUCCAGAAGUGUAAAAUGUCCUUUCCCAAAUUCAGACUCAAGUACCCUUCUGUCUCUGCAUGUUUGUAUUGGUUUUGGAAGAAGGGGUUUGCCGACAAGAAAGUCGGUGACGAGAUGAAAUGGGAAACGGAUUUGUCUAAGUCCCCAGUUUGUCAGACACCUUACAUGAUGGCAACUGAAGAUGUUCCUGCCUGCGAGAAGAAUGAUGGGAGUAUGAAUAGUACAUCCUUCAGCCCCUAUAACGGCAAACUCUCUGGCUACACAGUUCCUGAGAAAAACGUGGAGGAGCAGGUCUUCGUCAUGGAUGUUGUUGCACUGGCAAACUUCAAGGCCAAGGCAAAGCUAUUCCUGCAGAAACGCUUUGAAGAAAAGUCCUUUCCCACUUUCAAGGAAUUUCGGUCUUAUUUCCCACUCACCCCUCGCUCGACCUAUUACAUGUGGAAGAGAGCUCUGCAUCAUGGCCUACCUUUAGUACAUGGUUGAAUAUCGCAGAAUGCACAAACCUGCAACAUGAAAGUUUCCCUUCAGCUUGUCAUCUUCUUGCAGAGCGAAGCUUUGCUGCCUGGAAUCCCUGCUGCUAUUCUUUGUUUUUGACCUGGAUUUUCCUUGCCUAGGCAUUGUGAUCUGUUUAGAGUCAGCUUUUCAGGUGAAGUCGACAAGCUAUGUAAUUGCAGCUAUUGCACCUUAAGCAUUCUUGUCGCCUUUUCCCCCCUCCCCUUUAACCUUGUUUUUAGCACAUGCAAAUUUUUUACAUGCUUCUAACAGGACCUUAACUGCCCUGAUUCCUACUGAGAGAUCUACAUGCCCUCUGGCCAGAAAGCUGUUCCGGUUGCAGAUAGUUAAAUGCUUUCCUUGAGCUUUUGAAUUUACAUUUUUUUGUGGGGGAGGUAGAUUCCCAAAAGUAUGCACAUUUAAUUUUUCUUUUAAACACUACAGAUUUCUCAAGUAAGGUACAAGAAUGUCAUAUGUAUUUCAGUGCAUAACUUCCACUUUACACAAAUUUCCAUUCUUCAGUUAAGCUUCUUUCCAAGCCAAAUUCUAAUGCUUUGUAGAGUAAUAGUUGCCAGUUGCCAGUUUUCUGUUGCCACUGAAGUCUUUGGGGCGCUUGGUUGAAAUGUUAAUACUUAACGAGACGAGCCAUCCUAAUGCGUUGGAUUUGGCUUUGCUCUUUAAUGAUAAUGGCCUUUGUGCAGCCUUACUUGGCUUAAGAUGGGGUUCACGAAGCCUGUUGCUUCUUUCUCCCCUUUUUGUCUGUGAUGAGAAAAUGGCUCCUUACUGUUGCAGAAUGUAAUUGAGUGACUCACAAAAUACCCUUAAUGCCGUUCUUGCUAUGAUUGUAACAUUUGUGAUGCCUGAGAGAUUUUUCAUCAAUGAGACAAAAGGUGCUUGUAAUGCUUACACACAGCUGUUUCGAGUGCAUGUUUCAGUGGGUUAGUCUUUAGUGGCCCCAGGUACUGACAACUCAUUCUUUUCCUCAGAAAGCUGUCUUGAUUUUGGCAUAUGAGCCGUACCAAAUGGAAAAAAAGAAAGAUUAUAUCAGUUGCUUUAGCAGGCUCUGAAAAUCACCAUUUAAGGUGUUCCCCUCCAUCUAAUGGGUAAAGGCACCUUUCUAAGGGAUCUUUUUGUAUUGCAUUGUGCUUCUAUCGAUUUUCAAAAGGCAAUUUGCACAAAUGACAUAUCCACAUUACAGGUUAUACUAAAGGCCUAUGUUGUCUUUCCCCUUAAUGGACUUUGGUUCUUGUCAUAGUCUCAGUAUUUAGGCUUUAGGCCUUGUUUUGAACUGGAUUGAGGACUGUGACUGCAGGAACGGCAGAUUUCCUGCUGUAGCUUUCGUUUGUAGAGUUUGUGUGAUGCGAGAGGACGUCGCCACUCAUUUUCUUGUAUUUCAAAAGGAUUGAACAUUAUUUGUUCUGGGGCCUUUCGUCAGGAUGCUGUUUAUAUUCAGGUACAUUCUAGUCUUUUUUUUUUUUCUUGAAAUCCAUUGACUAUUGGCGAAUUCCUCUGGUUCACCGUUUUCCCUUCCUUCCUGGAGUUUUUAAAAUCUGCCUUCUGUAUCUUGCUUUGCAAGCCUCUGUGAAAAGAUUCAGGCAAACGUUUGUUUCAGAAGACAUGGCGCAAAUGUCAUUCUUAUGUUGAAGAAUAAUUUUGUUUCAUUGCAAUGUUUUAUUUUGUAAAAGAAUGUUAAUGUAACUUAAUCACUUGCAACUCCUCAGGUAGAAAAUGUCAAGAGUUCUGGGGAGUAUCCUCACUUAAGAAAAGUAGGGCACGCCAGUCAGCAUAAUAACCUUAUGUACAAGAAAUCGGUCGUCUGUGAGCUUGUGUAUUUUUUAGGUUUUGUUUGUGGGGUGUGUCUGACUGAUGUGUACAUUCCUGCAGUAAAGCAGGUAGGUGAUUUUCCAUGUAACUUGGGAAAUCAAUAAAAUGUUGACUUAA